CAAGAGCAUGAGCAGCAGGCAAGGCACUGGCAGCAGCAGGUGGAGGAGCAGGAGAAGCAGCGUCAGUUGUGGCAGCAGGAGCAGGAGGAACAUGACCUUCAGCUGAGGCAGUGGCAGCAGCAGGAGGUGAAGCAGCAGGAGCAGGAGAGGCUAUGGCAGCAGCAGUGGCAGGAGCAGCUACAGCAGUUGCAUGAACAGCAAGAGCUGCUGCAAAAACAGAUGCAGCAGGAGCAGUACCUGAUCCCAAGGCCUAAAACAGUUCCCCGGAGCAGAGAGCCUGGGACCCUGGAACACUUGACAAAACAGAUCCCACUCAGGGCAAGGAGAGACAUUGCAAAGGAAGAGGUGCUACUGUAUGACUAUUUCAAGCCUUCUACCCAGCAAAUGGCUCCCACUCAGAGCAAAGUAUCCCUGCACUCUCAAGCUCAGUCUGCUGAGGAGACUAGCUGGCUCCCGACGCUGGCUCAGAAGCCCAAAGGGAAGAGCUUGGUGCCCUCCAGCAUGUCAGAGAAGCGGUACUGGGUGGAUGUGGAGGCUCAGAGGGAGAACUUGGUGCUGCUGGGGCAGGCGACCCAAAAGUGCAGACUACCCCCACACCUGCACAUGCAGGCGAAGGAGGUUAUCACUGAGACCCUGCACACUGAUGUUGAGAGGCUGGCUCUCCUCUUCCACAAAUACAUCUCCUUCUGCCACCUCCAGCAUGUCAGACAAACCUUAAUGUCCAGAUUGGACGCUGCCAGAGCUGUAAAUGAUGGUGCUGAGGUCCGGAACUUGUAUACAUAUGUGGAGAGGGUGGAUGCUUACCGGAAAAAGGUGCUACAGUGCUGGGUGGCCAAACAGAAAACAGCAGAGCAGGCACGUCGACACUGCCUUGGCAAGAUGAUUUCCUUGUUUGCCCAGCUCCGCCUGAGCUCUGAACUCCACCUCAACAGCCCAUCCCCACUCGUGAUCAAAGCAGUGGAUGAAAUGAAGGAGUUCCCGUCCUCAGCCCAUGCCAGAUCCAAAUCCCCUGGCUAUCCAAGCCCCCUGGCAAGUGUGAAGAAAGUCAGAGACUUUAUGUAUCCAGCUGGAGUCAGUGAGCAGGUUUGUGACCAGAUAGAGUCAGUAUGGAGGACCGAUGUCAUCUCUCACAGUUUUCCUAUCGUUCCAAAACCCCAUGUGUCCCUGCUCUGGUCCCAGGCUGGUUUCCCAGAUAUCCCUAGAUUUCUGGAACUGGACGUGAGCUCAGUUAGGAGCAAACCCCUUAAGUCUCUACAGACACGAAUCCAGAACCUUCCUAGAUGGAAAAUAUAUGGACACAAGUAAAAACCCAUGUAAAUAUAGGAUAGUCCAGAUGCAGUUUAAUGCACAACAGAAAUGUAUGUAGAAAGCAAAUAAAGUAUAUUUUUGUGUUUA